GAUGUGGGAGGGAGAGGAUGUGACAUGUGCCGAGAAUAUGGGAUCGGUUCGGCCAUGUUACCUUUCUUAUUGACACUAUUGACAGGUCGUGUUGUUUGGUGAAUUUGUGCAUUUAAAGAAUUUAUUUUAUACAUUAUUUUGAACUUAUUUUUGUUGUGUGUUUCAGUGAUUUUGUAGUGACAAUAAUAUGCCGUCCUGUGCGUACCCAUUGUGUGAUUAUAAUGCCGGAAAUAAGAAAAAAUUCUCCUCCAAAGUCACUUUACAUGGUUUUCCUAAAGAUGUUAAAAGGAGAGAGGCCUGGAUUCAGUUCGUAAAUAAAGAGAACUGGGAACCCAGGAAAGGUAGCAAAUUAUGUACAAGACAUUUUGAAGAGAGGCAUGUAGAUAGGACUUCCUUAGCUCAUCCUAUUCGUUUGCGAGAAAAUGCAAUCCCUACAAUUGGUGAAUCUCAGGUGCUACAAAUGCAGGAGAAUUCAAAAGUAAGACCGAUUCUGGAAUAUGCUGGUGGAACGUGGUAUCUUGAUUUGGUUCGAGACAAAACUUUGUUGGAAAACAUUCAAAGAAAAACCACUUGAAUUUCAUUGGAACUGAGAAGACCCCCCUAUGCAGAGAGACUUAGUAUGACCAACCUAACUUCUUUUGAACUUUGCCGACAACGUGGAGACUUAAUUAUCACAUUUAAAAGAUUAAAAUUCAAUUUCAGAAAUCUCAACCAAAUGUUUACCAUAAAUCAAGAUGAAUGCCUCAGAGGUCACCAGUUUAAACUUAAAAAAGAGAACUUCUCUACAAGAUCAAGACAGAACUUUUCACUAAAUAGAUUUUUCGAGAGCUGGAAUAACCUUAGUGGUAACAUUGUCUCGGCCUCUUCUACCAACAUGUCAGAGUGGACCAUUUUCUAUAACAGUCGAAAUAUUGUUUUUUAUUUCAACCGAAUUGUAUCUUUUUUUUGUUUUUUUUAUUAUAUCUACUAGUAAGUUACUUAUUAUAUAAUUUCAUUGUUUGUGUGCAUAAUAGGGACUUGCCCCUCCGUCCUUGCUUAUGAAUAAUAAUAAAAAAGUAUUUGUACCUACUUUGUACGCAACUAACAAGUUAUCUUCUAUUAUUCUGAUUUCAGCGAAAUAAAUAUACUUUAAGCAGUU